AUGCUUUCAACUAUACUGGCCGCUCUCGCCGGCCAUGUCGCCCUUACCGGUGGCCAUGCCAUCCACAAACGAGUUACAACUCCAGCAGCUUACGCUUCCAACUCAGAUGGCAGCUAUGCUCUUACAUCCAUUACGGCACCUGUUCAGGGUGCUGGCUCUCCAGGCUCGGAGUCAACAUGGAAGCUCACUAUUGAUGAUACUUCUUCUGGAUAUAAACAGACCAUUACAGGAUUUGGUGCUGCAGUUACUGAUGCUACUGUGACUUCCUUCAACACUUUAUCAAGCACUGAACUUAAUCAACUGUUGAACGUAUUGAUGACAUCUACCGGUGCCGACUUCAGUUUGGUGCGCCACACCAUUGGAGCCUCUGAUCUAUCGGGAGAUCCCGCCUAUACUUACGACGACAAUGGCGGUGCUGUUGACACUUCAAUGUCUGGUUUCAAUUUGGGAGACAGAGGUACUGCAAUGGCCGAGAUGUUAGCAAAGAUGAAGUCUCUUCAGUCGGAUUUGAAGGUGCUUGGUUCCUCUUGGAGUCCCCCUGCAUGGAUGAAGUUGAAUGGCGUCAUUGAUGGAAGUACCACAAACAACAAUUUGAAUGAUGGCUACUUGGGUAGUGGAGUGGGAAGUGCUGGAUACUCCAGUGAAUUUGCCCAGUAUUUCGUCAAGUACAUCCAAGCAUACGAAGCAUUGGGCGCAAACAUCAAUGCUAUAACUAUUCAAAACGAACCCUUAAACAGUCAGGCUGGCUAUCCUACAAUGUACAUGUUUGAUUACGAGCAAGGAGAUUUGAUACAGAGCUACGUUGGCCCAGCUCUUGCUAGCGCAGGACUGGACACUGCAGUUUGGGCUUAUGACCACAACACGGAUGUUCCAUCCUUCCCUCAAAAUGUCUUAAAUACUGCUAGUCAAUACGUUGACACUGUUGCAUGGCAUUGCUAUGCCUCCUCCGUUGACUGGUCUGUCUUGACUGACUUCAAGAACAGCAACCCAGAUGUCACCCAGUACAUGACUGAAUGUUGGACUCCCGCUUCUGGAGAAUGGUAUCAAGCUUCGAAUUUUACCAUUGGACCCCUUCAGAACUGGGCUUCCGGAGUCAUGGCCUGGACACUCGGCACUGAUAGCUCCGACGGACCACACUUGUCAAGCGGUGGAUGCGACACCUGCCAGGGAUUGGUCACCAUCAACAGCGACGGCACUUACACAUUGGAGCUCGCGUACUACAUGAUGGCACAGUACAGUAAAUUUAUUCCUACAGGUGCCAUUAUCUUGAACGGCUCAGGAAGUUAUACCUACUCUGGCACGGGCGGUAUCGAGUCUGUUGCCUCGUUAAACCCUGACGGUACUCGCACCGUUGUCAUCCAGAACACCUUCUCUAAUGAUGUGUAUGUCACUGUGAGCACCAGCAGCGGCCAGGAAUGGAGCGGUAAUGUUCCGACUGAAUCUGUUGUGACAUGGGUGUUGCCUGCUGUCUAA